AUGAGAGCAGCGAACAAGGCCAUUAAAAGGAAACGACACCCAACCCCCACACUAGAUGAACUGAAAACCAUUCUAUCAGGAGCUAAUAUCUUCAGCAAAUUAGACCUCAAUCAAGGUUACAACCAAUUGGAACUAGCUGAAGAGUCCCGCUACAUAACAACCUUUGCGACACACCUCGGCCUAUACAGAUACAAAAGGCUAUUCUUCGGUGUCAACUCCGCCAGUGAGAUAUUCCAGGAAGAAAUCAGUCAAGCACUUGCAGGGAUUAAUGGAGCCAUCAACAUCAGUGAUGACAUCCUCUGUUUUGGAUCAGACCAGCAGGACCACGACCAAAACCUUCGCGCAAUAUUCCAGCGACUUCGCGAAGAAGGUCUCACCCUCAAUGGCAGCAAAUGUGAGUACAACAAAAGGUCACUGGAAUUCCCCGGACACACUUUUGGCAACAAAGGCAUUAACCAAAGCAGCCUCAAAAUAAAAACUAUCUUUGGGCUACCCAACCCUAAAAAUGCAUCAGAAGUCAGAAGCUUGUUGGGGAUGACUAACUUCUGUGGUGCACAAUUCAUUCCAAACUACGCGACCCUGACUCACGACCUACGUCAACUAACAAAAAAAACACUCAGUGGUCCUGGACUGAAUGCCACAGUGAAUGCUUAA